UUCAUUGAAAAGGCUGGGCUCCAUGGGAGAAAGAGAAAAGGGUUGGGCAACAAAAGAAAGUGGUGGAAGAAUGCGGAAUCUAUUGUGAGAUGAUUGUUGGUGGUGUGCCAGUCAUAUUGACACAACCCUGGAUGUCUUUAACUGCAAGAGGACUAUCCUAACAGGUAGUUCUUACAGUGAUUCAGUUAAGACAUGAGCAGUUCUCAACAAUGAUGCAGUGAGAGCGAGAGGAUCGGUAUUUACUGGUGUGCAUCCUAUGGACCUGCUGCUUCAAGCAUGAAGCUCUUCCUUUUGAGUCCAUGAAGAAAAUCUGAAAGAACUUUUUUCUAUAUAUUUGGCACGAUACUUGACUGUCCGUUCAUCCAUCGAUUGUCCUUCAAAACUAGCGUGCUACUGUUUGGGGUGGUUUAAAACUGGGUGUGUGAAUUUUAUGGGCUACAUCUGUAGUGAAUUGAACAUCUGUGGGCUUGCUUUGUCAUAGUCCUUUUGUAAAUGAGAGUUGUUAAUAAACCACUUUUCUCGAUUCACUCUGCUGCUGUCCUUUGAGGAACGUAAGUGCCUGAUGUUUUUCAAAGAUUUGAAGACACCAUACAUUGACAUCGGAUAAAAAUUGAAUUCAACCAUGGGAGGCCAAGAAAGAUCUUCAAUCACAGCAUACCUUCAUCAAGUAUUGUUCGUCAGUGUGGUUUGUUACAGUGUAGUAUCCGCUCAAACUCCCCUUCCGACAGAGCCCCCAUCAUGUCCAAGUGGCUGCCAAUGUAAUUUUCAGACCCGGGUAGUUGACUGUCAGCGAGGAGGCUUCACCAGCAUACCAACUACCUAUCCAUCAUACACCAGAACACUUCUCCUCAGUGGUAAUAUUCUAAGAAAUAUUCUUGAGGACUCUUUUGUUGGUCUCUCGAACCUGGUAUCUUUGGACCUGAGCUCUUGUGAGAUAAGAACAAUUAGUCCGAGAGCAUUCAACGGUUUGGACAACCUUCACACCCUGAACCUUCAGCUGAAUCACAUGGAUACAUUACCUUAUGGAGCAUUUGAAGGGCUCACCAACCUCAGAGAGCUGUAUCUGCAGAGGAACCAGCUGCAGAUAUUACCUGGUGACGUGUUCAAUGAUACAAUUUUUCUCUCAGAAUUGGAUGUCGGUAAUAAUAGAAUUACUCAGAUACAUGCCAAUGCCUUCAGUGAUCUCUCGGUGCUGUGGGUUCUCAACCUGGCAUACAAUCAACUUGACAGCAUCCCUGAAAUGGCAUUGAAGAAUCUUACCAACUUGAAGCACUUACUCCUAUCUGGAAACCCUAUUUCUACCAUCCCGCCAAUGACCUUUAGCUCCCUCACUUAUCUAACUAUACUGUACCUUGAUAGCUUACAGCUGGAAUCGCUGGAGGUUGAUACAUUUUUUGGUCUGCAAUCGGUCACUAACAUUGACCUAUCAUACAACCAACUCCAAACUCUGGAUCCAUCAACAUUUCAACUUCUGACCUCAUUGAGUACUUUACUCCUUGCAGGGAACUCAUGGAACUGUGAAUGUUCCCUCUUACCCUUUGUCCAGUGGCUAAAGCAGAGUACAAUCAACUACUACAGUCCUCUUUGGUAUUGUACAAAUCCCAAUGAACUCAGGGGCACAGUUGUCUAUGGACUAGAGCAACACGACUUUGCAUGCGAGCCAAGCAUUACGAAUCCUCCUAUUGACACGACUGUUGUUUACAGGAACAGGGUAUUCUUUCAAUGUGUAGCAAGGGGAGAUCCAACUCCAGAAAUCCAGUGGUAUCAACCUGAUGGCACCAGAAUAACAGCGACAUCCAAUGAGGAAAAUAUGUACACUGCUGUGAAUGGCAUUGUGCUUGUAAUUCAAUUUGCUGACAAAGAACAUGUGGGUUCCUUUAACUGCACAGCUACUAAUGUGCAUGGCAGUGAUUCUGUAAAAUUUCAGGUUGACGUCACAGGUCUUCCUGAACCGGAAGUAACCACAAUCCCUGGAAGUAUAGUGAGUGAUGGUUCUUCAACCACUGUGGAAGCAUCCACAAGCACUUGCCUUAGUUAUACUUUGUCAAUCAUGGUGCAAUCUGUUGACGAAACAUCAAUUGCAGUUUCUUGGGUCCCUUUUACUGGUGAAAGAGAAAUCACAGGAUAUGUAGUACAGUCACACCUCUUUGGCGAUGAGCAAACAAAUUCAUAUUUCGUCAACAAAACAGAGGACAACUACGAAUUGAAGAACUUGAUUUCAAACACAGGUUACACCAUCUGUGCUUCUUUUCUCAUUAACCACUGUCCCCUUGUGGUACCAAGACGGCAAUGUAGAGAAGUGACCACCGCAGGCGUAAAUCCUACUAUAGCUGCAAUGCAAAGGAGACAUCGCCAAGAGAUUAUUGGUACAGUCCUGGCAUGCAUCCUAGGAACACUCCUCCUUAUGGCAACAAUUUUCUUUGUUCUCUGGAGAUAUAGGAAACCCAAGACAUACAAUCAAUAUGAUUUCAAAGGCAACAAGGACACAGCUGCUUUUGCAGGAAUCCCUGAAGAUGCUGAAGGAUUUGCUUCUGGUUCUCUUACACCUAACAAGUACGAAUUUCAAAAUGGAGCUUACAUCAAUGGAGGAAUGGAUAUUUCAAUGGGCACAAGCAGUGAUUACAGCAAAGACCCUACCGGAGCAAGCAUGAGCAAUGACACCACUGUGAUCCAACACUCAGUUGACGUGCACUCAGAUGUGGAACCUACAGCAGGCUACCACAGUGACAACCUAGCAUCCCAUGGGGAUGUGACAACGGACGCCACUACUGCCUCCUUGAAGUCUACAAAUUCAGUAGUGUCAGACGAUGGCUCGAGAGACACUCGAGAGCCAAAGGACAAAGCCUCUAAGGUGAAAAAAAGUCAAGCAUCUCUAAGCUCUGAUGAAGGUGUGGAGAAGGAUGGAGAGAUAGAAAUGACCGAUUUAAGAGAUGCACCACAUAGCAGUGGAGAUAUAAAUAUGGCAAAUGAAGACACAGAAUUGGUUUGGAAAGAAAUUGUAGUUCUUCCUCCCGACCUUAGUAUCACGACAACCUAUGUGGACUGAUGGUAAAAAGUUCAUCUGAAAUAAACAGAUAUAUUUAUUUUUGUUUGCUCCAUGACAAGCCCAGUGCUUUAUAGCAUACGGCUAGUUAUUAAACUAAUGUAUACUAUUCCAUUGGUGGUAGAGUCACGGUUACCAUCAAAAAGAUUUGUCCAUCUUAGCACGGUUCCAUUUCAUGACAUUAUACAAUAUAUCAUAUUUUAUACCUUAUAGUUGCACUAUCUGGGGCUCAUACAAUAUACAGUUGCAUUUAAACAAAACUAAAAAAAAUAUCAAGCCCAAGUCCCUAAUACACAUGUUUCAUUGGUCAGAAAUUUUGUUGCCUCUGAUUUUUAGAGUUGCUUUUGAUCGCAACUGUUCUUGCAAUGGACCCCUACAUUAAGACAUUAUAAAAAUGCUUGAAUAGAUGUCAUCACCAAUUAUCUAAAUGAAAUUGAAGCUUGCACAAAACUAUGAAGCAAGAUAAUAAACACAUUUUGAAUUAAAAUCUCAAAUUCUGUUAAGUGCACAAUGAUCAUAAAAAGGCUAAACUAGGUGCUGUAACAUAAAGAGAUGCAAUUAAUUGUAGGCCUACUAUUCAUUGUAAAUGUACGUCUGUGAGAAUAAACCAUGUGUGGAUAGUUACAAUCAAUAUCAAAUAUUAAUUUCAUCUCUUUAUGGAACAAGGACCAGGUGGGUGUUUCAUAAAGCUGUUCGUAAGUUAAGAGUGACUUUAAGAACGACUGGUGAUCCUUUCUUGUGGUAAAUGGUUUAUUCAUUGCCGAUGGUUAAGCACGUAAGAAAGGUUCACCAGUCCUUCUUAAAGUCGCUCUUAACUUACGGACAGCUUUUACGAAACGGCCCCCUGGGGUGUUUCACAAAGAUUUAAGUAUGACUUACAGUCGCACUUGAAUGCCAAGGUAUAUGGUAUGCACAAUCUUAAUUGAUUAAUAAUUAAUAUGCAUUAUUAGUGCGCGUCCUCUGAGUAUGAUCUGACAAUGAAUGUCACUGAACAUACAAACAAAAAAUUGUUUAAAAAAGGCUGAUUGCAACAUAGAUGCAGUGUAAGAUAUUCGCACCCAAACGGAGGCCUACAUGUACAUUUAUGUCUACAAAAGUCUAUUUUCAUAAUUGCCUUCUUGUGCAAAUCAAGGCCAUUUACACAAGUAAUAGAAUACUCAUGUUUACAAAGUAUACAGUACUUCUUUGGGAAGAAAGAAAUAUUUUUAGUGGGUCAAGAUCUUUUCUUGAAAUGAGAAAAAUACUUUGACUUUAAUGUUUCACAAUCAUUAAUACUCUUUCUGGUAAAACAAAAUAGAUCUUUAGAAUGUAUCAUUUAGAUACCACUUUUUCCUUAAAUUACAAAUAACAAACUAAAACAAAAUAAUUUAUACAAUGUUUGAAGGUUAGCAUCUCUUUUAAGUUUUUAUCACCAUUCAUAAAUCACUUUCUACAUAUACGUUACUGUAACAAGGGUAAUAAUUAUAUAAGUUUCAUUUCAUUAAAGGUAAAGCUGGUUCUUAUCACUAUAGGAGAGGCAUACUAACUCACUAUACAUUUUCAUUUCACUCAAUGUGUCGUGUACAUGCAUAUCCUAUUGAGCACACAUAUUUCAUUAACUUUCCCUUUACAUUUCAGAUACUAGUAUAUGAUUUAUGUGGUGUUAAAUCAUGGACCUAUCCACGGAGGAUUAUCUAUUGUUACUGGGGGUGCUGUGACAAUGGUCAGCACCCCCAGUAACAAUAGAAUAAUCCUCCCUGGAUAGGUCCAUGUGUUAAAUGGCAUUUUAAAGGGAUGGUCGCACUGUGGAAAAGUAUAUAAAAAUCCAUUGUUUUUAAGUUCUUGUCAUGUUAAGAAGGACAUCAUCGUAAAGAGGUUAACUGUGCAGGACAAACAAAAUAUCUCAAAAAAUAGCUGAAAUGUUCAGGCCUUAUGAUUUUAGUUCCAUACAUGUGUUGAAUUGCAUGUUCAGUAACUUAGAGCAAAAUAGAGAUAAAGCUGUUCAUCUUGGUGUUCCAAACUCUUUAAUCCUAUGAAAUUUUGAAGCCUGGCUAAAACUUUGAUUUAAUAAGCAUCAAUAAUGUGAAUAUGUUCCAGAAUCAUCUACCACGCCAAUCUUACAGAAGCGUAUUAGCCAAUGAAUCUUUUUCAACUGGCACUUCUCUGUGAAAAUUCAAACAUUCAAUUCUAUAUCUCAUGCUCGCUCUCAGAAAUCUUCUAAUAAUUUCAUUAAAGGCUUUGAGGGCACUUAUCUUUUUUUUAUGUCAUCACAAAUUGACACAAAAUAUAAUGCACAUAGAUUUUAUAUUUAAUUUUGAUCAGGCACUUUAACAAAAUAUAU